AUGCUUUCUUCUCCGGCAGACAGAGUGGCGGGAAAAGGUUAGAAGACCACAAACCCAAAUCAAUUCAACGAACCCUAACCCCUUUUCAAUUUUCUUUUCUCUUCUCUUCUCUUCAUCAUUAGCUUCGGUUUCGAUUCGUUUUUCUGCGUCCAUGUCCUUAUUGACUUCAGGUCUCAAUUCUAUGUUGUUAUUCAGCUAAUUACUGCAAACACAUUCAUACCCAUUUCAAUCCAGAGUACUCUUUUAUCGUUAACUGCUUCAAUUCAUCAAGAACUAAGCAUGGGUCUUUGGCCCUUGUUACACGCUAGUAAUUUCUUAGUGUGGGUUCUCCAACAAUGAUCUUUUUCCCAGUUAAGAGAAUUUGUAAAAAGGUUCAGUUUUUCUCUCAAUUCAUGUCUCUUUCAUCAUCAUCAUCAUCUUCUGUUGUUCAAUCACUAGAUAUGGCAGAAGAAGACAAUCCCCAUUGCCCAAAUUAUGGUGAAUUGAGGACAAAAAUGCAGAAUUUAACCAGGUCAGGUAGUAUUGGUAAAGCACUAGAGAUUUUCCAUCUCAUGAGAAAUGUAUCUGGUAAGCCAACGGUAUAUGAUUACAAUUCAUUGAUAAAUUGUUAUUUGAAGUCGAAUAAAGUGGGUUUACAUGAUCUCUGUGGGUUAUACUUUGAAAUGAAAAGGGUUGAAUUACACCCAAAUGCAUCAACUUUCAAUACUUUCUUGAAGGGUUUGAGUCUUCUUGGGGAAUCAAAAGUUGCUAUUUCAGUUAUUGUGGAAAUGUGUAAUUAUGGCUUUACGCCUUCGUUUAGUUGUUUAUCGAAUUUGCUUAAGAAAUGUUUGGAUUCCAUGGAGUUAGUAGAUGGACUUAGAGUGCUGGAUUUGAUGCUGGGGUUGAAUUACAUUCCCACGGAACCGAAAGUGAUUUUGUUAAUUAAUAGCCUUAGCCGAUGUGGGAUGACACGUGAUGCUUGCGUCGUGUUCUUUAAGCUGUUGGAGAUAGGCAAUUUUCAGAGUCCAUAUGUUUACAACCCGAUAUUAUGGUCUUUGUGCAAGUCUGAUCAGAUCAGUGGUGCGUUAGCCUUUUUUUGUUCUUUAAAGAAGAAGGGUCUUGUACAUAAUGUGUGUUCAUAUACCGCUCUUGUUUAUGGGUUUGGUCAAAAAGGGUUAUUUAAGGAGGCUUCUGGUUGUUUGAGGAUAAUGGAAGUUGAUGGUGGUUGCUAUCCUAACAUUAAAACGUACACCACGAUUAUUAAGUGUUUGUGUGAUGGCGGAAGAAUAAAAGAGGCAUUAUGCGCAUUGGGAGAAAUGGAAAAAAAAGGAUUUGAUCCGGAUAUUGUUACGUAUAACAUAAUUCUCCGUGCACUUUCUCACAAAAAUCUGGUUCUUGAAAUUUACAAUCUUUAUCAUACCAUCUAUCAAAAGGGUCUUUCUCCAGAUAACUAUACAGCUACUGCUUUUUCAGGACUACUCAAAAGGGGUAAUAUAGGGAUUGCUCUCAAUCUUUUGCGGGAUAUUGUAUCGAGCGAUAGUGAUGUGGAUGUUGCAGUUUAUAAUGUGUACCUCCAUUGUUUGUUUCGUGCUCGUGAAUUUAAAGAAUCGUUGUUUAUGAUUAGUUGUAUGGAAAAAGAUGGUAUCAAGCCAAACAACAUAACAUUCAACACGAUUUUGAAAGGAAUUUGUGAGGAGAAAACCGUGGAUAAAGCUCUAGAGUUCUUUGAACGUGUUGAGUGGCCUGGAAAGCGGCCUGACAUGGUAUCUUUCAACACGGUGUUGUCAGUUGCGUGUAAAAGGGGCGACUCUAUAAUGGUUCAGACGGUUCUCAACCUGAUGGAAGAUGAAGGUGUUAAGCUAAAUGUUGUGGGUUUCACUUGUUUAAUGCAAUAUUUUUGCAAUAUUGGCAACAUUAACGAUUGCUUAAAGCUUUUUGAACAUAUGAUCUCUCAUGGUCCACACCCUUCAAUGGUGACCAUUAAUACUCUUAUGGUCGUUCUUUGCAAGAAUCGCGAGCUUGGAGCAGCCUAUCAGGUUUUUAGUAAUUUAAAGAGUUACGGGUUGUCACCCGAUGCAAGAACUUAUGGUAUUCUUAUACGUGCUGCCAUGAAUGAAGGGAAUAAUCUUCUGGUGACCGAAUUACAACGAAAAUUUGCAGUCAAUGAGUGAAGCUAGAUGAACUAAAUGAAAAAAUGUUUCGAUUAAAAAGAGAUGAAUAUAGAUCGAGCAUCGUGGAUAACUUGGAUGAAGGAUGAUUGAAUGGUUGCAAAAGAAGAGUUGGUGCUUCGUGGUGGAGGAAAAAACAGAGAAGAUUUAAGCCGUGAGAUUGGAUUUCGGUGAAUCUAGAAGCCUUUUUGUUAACGGACACUGAAGUUGGUAGAGAUCGCGUUGGAGAUGAACUUGCAUUGCAAUGGUUGCAUCAAGAAUGUUAAGAAUUGUCUCCUCAAGAUUGAAGAUCCGUAGCUGCAGAGUGAUGACUUCUCAGACAAUCCCCCGAACUCCUCAGAUGUUGAUGAUGUAUCAGAAGCCGGAUCUUCUAGCGAUGGUGGAUCUCAAAAUCCGAAGAAGGUAGCUGCUGGUGGCAGACCCUGACAUCGUAAAAACCAAAACAAACGAACCCAGUAAAUCCUACUUGGAGGUGGGGUCCUGGGAGUAAGAUGUAUGCAAAUAGCUUUCUAUAGGCUUCUCUAUUUUUGUGUAUAUUCAAUGUGAACUUUGGUUGCACAAGUAGAGCAUGUAUAGUAGUUGUUUUGCUUGUAUAAAUUUGGGGGUUGCUUAUAGUGUUGAAAUGUAAAACCUAGAUGUAAAUUAGCGAGGUU